UAAAACCCUAUAUAAGAGUGUUUCUAGUUGGCUAGGCCCAAGGGUUCACUUUGGGGUUUGUCAAUUGACGACUGAGCAGUGAGUAGCUACCGAAGAACGAACUAGGGUUUUACAUAUUCUCAGUUCUCUCUCGCCUUUUUCCCCCAAUCAAAUAUGAGUCGUCAUCCCGAGGUUAAGUGGGCUCAGAGAGUUGACAAGGUUUAUGUCACAGUACAACUGCCAGAUUCCAAAAAUGCAAAAGUGGAUCUUACCCCAGAUGGUACUUUCACCUUCUCUGCCAGUGCUGGUUCUGCUGACAACCAGUAUGAACUCAAAUUAGAGCUCUUUGACAAGGUUAAUGUUGAGGAGAGCAAAAUUAAUGUAGGAGUGAGAAGCAUAUUCUGUGUGGUUCAGAAGGCAGAGGAAGGGUGGUGGAAAAGGUUGCUACGUGCAGAGGGCAAGCCUCCUCACUAUGUGAAAGUAGAUUGGGACAAAUGGGUUGAUGAGGAUGAAGAAGAAGGUGCUGGUGAGCCAGACUUGGGAGGGAUGGAUUUCUCGAAAUUUGGCGGCAUGGGUAUGGGUGAUGAUCCAAUGGGAGCAAUGGGAGGAAUGGGAGGAAUGGAUUUCUCUAAAUUUGGAGGUAUGGGUAUGGGUGAUGAUGCAAUGGGUGAUAUGGACGAGAGUGAUGAUGAAGAGCAAGAAGUGUCGAAGCCUGGCGACCAAGAUGCAGCAGGAAAGAGCACUAGUGAGGCGCCGUCGGAGAAACAAGAAGCUGCUUCAAGCACAUAAUUGCCCUGCACUUGAGACUCUUAUAUAAAGAAAAUUGUUGAGUGAAAUUUUCAUAUCGAAAGCAGCAAUUGGUGUAGCUGUGCAAGUGGGAUAGCAUGGUGUUGCUCUCCCGUGUUAGCUUUACAUUAGCAAGGAUAUUGUUCACCAACAAAAAUUCCUAUUUAGUUUUUUCUUCCAUGUUUGAGAUUAUGUCCGGAUGAUUGGUUCCAUUGUCCAAAACUACCAGAUGUAAACGUCGGAAUUGCCAUGAACCUUAUUGUAGACUUAAGAGAUAUGAGUUUGGGCUUGCUAAUUUUAUUCAGUGCUACUUGACACCAUUUAUGAACUUUAUGUUUACCUUGUA